AUGGCCAUCUUUGGGUGGAGAGCAGUACACAAUCUUCUUCCUACUCGUGCUGCCAUUUCAACUAAAGGGUAUUCUGGUGAUCUACGUUGUGUGGUUUGUUCUUCUGCUGUGGAACAUUUAUUCUGUCAGUGCAACUUGACUCGAGAGAUCAUAGGAGCUUCCCCUUUUUUCAUCCAACUUUCUUCUUUAUCAUGGAAAGAAUGGUUUUUGGAAAGAGUCACUUCUAUGACAUUGGAGUCCUUUGAUAAACUGCUUGUGUUGCUAUGGAGUAUUUGGAAAAAUAGGAAUGACAAGCUGUGGAGGGACCGGUCUCAAACGGGGCCUAGAAUUGUGGCCUCUACUAUGGCAUGGUUCGAUGAGUAUUCCCGAGCUAAUCGAGUUUCUGAGGAUACGGAUCGGAGUCAACCUGUAAGCCGGAAAAAGUGGACUGCACCAGUGGAGGACGUCCUCAAAUUGAAUGUUGAUGGAGCCUUCCUUCCUUCUAUUCCAUAUGGGGGUACAUGUGGAGUUAUUAGGAAUGCUCAGGGUCUUUUCAUUGCUGAAUAUUCUUACAGGUCUGCUUUUUAUGGUUUGGAGCUUUUGCUAGCUGUGAACAUCACAAAGGCAGUGGUAGAAAGUGACUGCUUAGUCGCGGUACAGGCCACAAAGUCUCUGGCUGAUGACUUGUCCGACUUGGGAGCUUUGAUAUCAGAAAUUAAAGGCUUAGUGGCAGCAGUAGGGGAAGUUACAGUUUGCUUCGCGAAUAGGCAAGCAAACAUGGUUGCACACCGCUUAGCUAGCCAUAGUUUUGAUUCAAAUAUCCGUUUGGAUUGGUUUACUAAUGCUCAAGAGUUUAUACUGGAUGACCUUAUGUACGAUCAUCAUCGUAUUUAG